GGAAGUUACAAGUUAGAUAACAACAAAACUCACACCUGGAACUGAACUAAGAUCUCUCUUUGAAGGUUAACAUUUAUCCCCGCAGUAACUGUUAUUAUGGUUAAUCUCGGACUUACGAAAGUAGAUGACGCAAUUGUAGCAAAGCAUCCGGGUUUGCAACAGUAUGCUGCCUGUCAGUCGCAUGCCUUCAUGAAAGGAGUUGGUAGUGUUAUUGUAGGCACGGGUGCAUUGUUUCUCAUUCAACGAGCUGUGCAAAAACGACUCCCGUACCCUCUGCAGUGGAACCUGUUAGUGUCAAUAGUGGCCUCUUCGGUUGGCAGCUAUGCAAUAACGCGCUGGGAGACACAAAAAUGCACAGACCUCUGGGUCUUCCUUGAGAAAGGGAGCUAUCCAGACAGAACUGUUCCAAAGGAAGAACCCCCUGCUCCUGCUGGCCCUAAAGUUACUAUGUAUGGGGACAAGAUGGAGUAACCACAGCAAUUUGGUAGACACCAGAAGGCUGUACUUUGAAGCAAGCUUACUGGCAUAUCCAGGUAACUACUGGACCUGGUAACUACUAGCUUAACCAAUGAUCUCCAAACAAAACAAAUUGCAGUUUUGAAACCACAGAUUCUCUGUCCAGUGGUCUUUUUAGAGAUCAGUGGUUACUCCUGAGGUCACCUAAAUUAGCCAGUACUUUGCAGCGUAGAACAGCUAUCUGACCUCACUAUCUUAGCCUGUAUCCAGUGUGAAAGAUUAAACAAGCAAAUAAACAAAGUUUUAAAAUGUGUAUUUAUUUGACCUGACCAGUGAAGACAACAAACACUCUUCUCACUCUACUGUUUUGUUAAUAAUGUACAGUUUAUUCAGGGGUUGCCAUGGGUAAGAAUAAGAUGUUUUUUAGCUGCUGCUGUGUACAGUUAUAGAUUUAAUAAAUGUGCCAUUUGUAACAUC